CUGAAACAUCCUAGGAGCGAAAAGCAGGGAGCGUGACAUGUCAACAAAACAGAUACAUUAUCACCACACAGGCAUGUAAGGGUGUGCCGGUGUGGACUAGCACCUGACUGGUAUCUUCACCUGGACCCACGCCCUCCUCCACCAGCAUCCUCACCUGCUGUGUCCAUGUCAACCCCUCCACUAGUGUCGCCUUUUGGCGGGCAGCCUCCGCCACCACAGCAGCAACAACAACAACAACAGCACCAGCAGGCCCAGGCAGCACAUGAUGUCAACACGGCCUCUCUGUGCCGCAUCGGCCAGGAGACGGUGCAGGACAUUGUCCUCAGGACCAUGGAGAUCUUCCAGCUCCUCAGGAACAUGCAGCUCCCCAAUGGAGUCACUUACAACCCCAACACCCACGGGGACAGGCUGGGGAAGCUACAGGAGCACCUGCGGAUGCUGUCGAUGCUGUUCCGCAAGCUGCGCCUCGUCUACGACAAAUGCAAGGAGAACUGCUCCGGGAUGGACUCCAUACCUCCGGAGCAACUGAUCCCCUUCGUGGAGGACGACGGCUGCAAACAUGAGGAUCGCUCGGCCGGCCGGAGCCGCCCGGCCACCGAGGAGAGGAGGGAGAUCCUGGAGGUCAACAAGAAGCUGAAGCAGAAGAACCAGCAGUUGAAGCAGAUCAUGGACCAACUCCGCAACCUCAUCUGGGAAAUCAACUCCAUGCUGGCUGUCAGGAGCUGAGACACACACACACACACACACACACACACACACACACACACACAUUCACACACUCACUCUCGCUAUAAACAAUGGCGGGGAUGAUUCGGUCAUUAACUGGCCGUGUGACAGGGUACCACAGGCUGGCUGAGGCGGCACUUGAAAGAAGAAAUUGGGACAUUGGCAAUAUCAACCCGUUUCCAGAAGACAUGAAACGAUAGAUGAAAAACGAGAGGAGAACCAUCAAGACGAAAUAAAACUGUGGGGAGGGAGACGGCGGGAGGGUGCAGGCGGCAUCAUCGUGGGGUACCAUCGACCUCGAUAUUCUGCAUUUCAAUCAACUUUAAGUUAAAUUAACCUGAUGAGUUGAUAUAUUAUGUUGUAUAUAUUAGUAGGCACCAACCCAGGAACUCUUAUUCUAUUUAAUCCUGAAAUUCUGCCAAUUUUCUUAGUAUCUGUUUGAAGCCCUAAAUAUAUAUUAAAAGCUUUUAUACGACCCCUAAACACUUCAAUAAUAAAGAUGUACACUUAU